UGUGUGCGAGCAUAACAAACCGUACCGCGCUGUAAGCAACAAAGAAUAUUUACAAAGUAUAUUCAAGGCGUAUAAUUAAACUUGUUGUAAAAGUUAUUUAAAGUAAUCAAGAACCAAAAAAACAAGAUAUUGUUGCUUCUUUUUGAUAAUUAUUGGUGAUAGUGACAAGGGAUAGUAUCGAAAACAUAAAUCAUAUAUAAAAAAAAAUUAUUAUUGAUAAAAUUUGGUUUCUUUGAAAACCACAAGAAUUAGUUAUUUGUUUGUCUUAACAUUGAUGAAUUUUUAGUGAUAGAAUAAUUAUUUUAUGAUGAAUUAUUCAAAUGUGUUUGUUAAAAAAAUAGUGAUUGUUUAGUUUAUAAUUCUACGUAAGAAAAAUUAUGGCAACUAUUCAACCACAUCAAAACCACACACUAAAUGUUUUAAAAUCAAAGAAAAUUUAUCGAUUUUGAAAAGAAGAAGAAAGCGUUAGACUUAUUACAGUGAAUUUUUAUUUGGGAAGUUUUUUAUUUUUUGUGCUCAAGUUUCACUUCAUCAAAUCAUAAUAUGAAAGGUGAAAUCACACUCGAUUGUAUUAAAGCAAAAAUGGACAAUGCUGGUUUCGAACAAGAUACACGUGCAACCGAAAUGCGUGAUGUUUCAAUAACAUUGGAUAAAAGCCGAUUAAAUGGUCACAAUCCACCAUCAACAAGUGCUGGUACUUCAUGCCGACCAGAAGCAUGUUUAGCUGCACGUAAAAAAUAUUUAGCGCAAGGGCCACAAUCCGCAGACCAAAGUCCAUGGCAUAGACAAAAAACAAUUUAUUUAUUUACAGUGAUUACAUUAUUAAUUAUAUGGGUUAUAGUUUACAGUUCGUUACAUGUUAAUGGCAUUUUAUGAUAAAAAAGACGACGAACAUCUUAAGGUUGUUGUCGCAAUAUUUGAGUAGCGCCAGAAAAUUCUAAAUUUUUGUGUACUUACUAAAGACAUGAUUAUACCAUUACUCUUAAAAUUUGAAUCUGAUUGACCGUCUAGAAUCCGAGAUAAAUUUAAUUAAAAGUUCGAUAUUUAACAUGUAUGGUAUACACUCU